ACAGGUUCGGCUGAUCUUGGUGUAUGCCUUCACAGAUCCUCAUCAGGUCUCGAUCUUCCAAUGAAAGUAGUGGAUAUGUUUGGGUGUGGAUUACCAGUAUGUGCUUUAAAUUUUGAAUGUUUGGAUGAGCUUGUUAAACAUGACAUCAAUGGAGUGGUGUUCUCCUGUAGUGCUGAGCUCAGUGCUCAAUUACAGUUACUUUCCUUGUGUUGUAAAGCCCAAAAGCCCUAUGCCAUCAUGCAAAGUAAUCCACUGCAUCCAUUGAGAGCGGUCCUUCCACCAAAACGGACUUGUGCAAAGGCUUUCCUGAAAACAAUUCUAAACUCAUGCAGUACAGGAAUAAUCUGUCAACAUAUCAAAGCCAUCGGUGGAAUGAUUACUGGAAAACUAUAGUUCUUCCACUAAUAGAAAAUUAGUUCACUGACCAUGAUGUUAGGGUGCAAAAGAUAAUAAUGUUCUUGCACUAUUAAGAAUCUGUAAUGCACAUUCAACAGAGAGAACAUUCUAAAAGAGAUUGAGCUAUGUUACAACUUAUGUACAGAAUUGUAUCCUUAUUCUUUUUGCUGAAUAGGCCCAUAGUCUUCUGAAGAGGGAUGAAAUUUCUUGUAACUCCUCCAUUCAACCAGACAAAAACUCAGCGUACCCAAUACUGCUAAUAGAGACUGUG